AUGUACAACAAGGUGGUGUAUGCUUUCGAAGCUCCGACCCCUAGCUCAGAGGUGUUGAAGGAAGGACUGGCCAAAGUUCUGGCGGAGUUCAGAGAAUGGGCAGGGCGAUACACCAAAGAAACAGCGAGUGGGUGCCUUGGCAUCAAUCUGAAUGACGAGGGUGUGCUUGUCAUAGAAGCCGAUGUAGAUGGAACAAUAGCAGAUGCAAUGCCCUUCGAUCCCUUUUCAUUCCUCCUUGAGUUGGUGCCACCCACAUCCACCGUGGUCAAUGAGCUCUUACUCAUGCAGUUUACUCGAUUUACUUGUGGAGGCUUGGUGAUAGGCCUAGCUAGUCAUCAUCAUGUUGCAGACGGACAAGCAGCUACAUUUUUCAUGAAUUCGUGGGGGAAAAUAAUUAGAGGAGAGAGUAUUCUACCUCCAGUACAUGACCGAUCUUUAUUAAAAGCAAGAGAUCCUCCCCAGCCAUGUUUUGAUCAUUAUGAAUAUAAUACUAUAUUUGAUGAGCACUCCCCAAUAACGUCCAGUCUAACGGCAAAGAAGUUUCAUUUUGAUGCAAUAUUUUUACAAGAACUCAAGUCAAAGGUAAAUGGAUCUGAUAAAUCAAGAAAACCCUAUACGACUUUUGAAAUCCUUGUUGCCCAUAUGUGGAAAUGCAUUACAAAAUCUCGAGGCCUUCAUGGAGAUGUGCAAACAAAAGCUAGCAUUCCAGUGGGUGGAAGAAACAGGUUGAAUCGUCCCUUCCCUGAAGAAUACUUUGGUCACUAA